AUGUCUCAUGUAAGUGAAAUGUGGUGCUAUCACUGGAAAUGGAAGCUGCAUCACUGUCUCUGCUUGUUUACCACAUAUAUUAUAUACAUGCAGCAAGCAGCUCACGGAUGCUAUGACUGUAGGACUGUGCUAACUGACCCCUCUGGAGUUUUCACUUCGCCAUGCUUCCCCAGUGACUAUCCCAACAGCCAAGCAUGCAAGUGGAUCAUCCGAGCACCUCAUGGAUUUAUCAUACAGCUAACCUUUAUUGAUUUUGACAUUGAAGAAGCUCCAGGCUGCAUCUAUGAUUCACUGACAUUAGACAAUGGAGAAAGCCCAAUGAACCUUUGUGGCAUCACUGCCAAAGGAUUAUCCUAUAAUUCUACCGGAAAUGAAAUGAUUGUGUCAUUUAAAAGCGACUUCAGUAUCCAAAAGAAAGGUUUUAAUGCCAGCUAUGUACGAAUUGCCGUGUCUCUGAGGAAUCAGAAAGUCAUCAUUCCCCAGGUUCCUGACAUCGAUGCUGUGUCUGUGGCAGAGACCAUCUCAGUGCCAGAGCUUAGACAGUUUACACUGUGCUUUGAAGCAACCAAGGGCAACAGUGAUGACAACGAUGACUGGAAGGUUUUCUCCUACACUGAUGCAUUGUUGAGAGAGCUCUUCAGCUUUGGGAAGACCACAAAAGGCCAUUUUCUAUCCAUCUCAGGCACACAGUGCAUCCUUAAGAAUGCAUUGCCCCGAAAUGCAGAGUUUUUCACAGGAACCUUUCAACAGCUCUGUGUUGUAUGGGACAGCUUCUUGGGCACUAUAGGUGUAUAUGCCAAAAGCACCUAUCAUGUGGUGGACUGUCCAGAGAUCUUUGACAAAGUUAUCCCUGGAAAUGGAAGGCUGGUGCUGGGCUCUAACAGCAAUGAAGUGAGCUCUCUAAAUGGGGACAUUUACAACUUCCGCCUCUGGAAUUUCACCAUGAAUGCGCAAACACUGGCCAACCUCAGCUGCGAUGUGAAAGGAAACAUUGUAGACUGGGAAAAUGAAUUCUGGAGUAUUCCAACUUCAGCACUGAAAGCAGAAAACAAUUUGAGUUGUGGCUCAUAUCUAAUUCCCUCUUCUUCAAUUGAACCAACCAGUUGUGCAAACCUAGGAAGCCUUUGCCAAGCUACUGUAAAUGCUACUACUCCUACACCACCCACUGUCACCACUAACAUGCCCGAUACUAAUAGAAACGAUAAGCCAAACAAUGGUGGGCUAUUCUACAGGAUAUCUAUAGUUGUCUCUAGUUCCAACCCCAACUCAGUAUCAAAAGUACAUGAUGUCGUUGCAGAAUGGCUGAACCGUACUUUCCAGAACUGGAAUUACACUGUGUAUGUGGUCAAUAUCAGCAUCCACCCUGCCUCCAUAAGAGAAGGAGCAAGACAAAAAAGAAGUAUUAAAAGCUUUAGUGCUUUGGCUCUUCUGGUUUAUAAUUCUACCAACAACAUCAAUUUAGAAGAGGAGGACAUCCGACAGAAGCUUAUAAGUAAUAAUCGAACCAUGGAAGAGGGAUAUCAGCUUCAUACUGUGGAUGUUGAUCCAGUGGAAAAAUGUUUAGCUGAAGAAAACCCUCCAAACUAUUUUUGGCCAGAUACCAGGCCUACAGUGACCAACUUCACAUUUUGCCAUGGGAGCUCAGUUCAGACUGCAUCAAGAACCUGCUAUUUGGGUCUGCAGAAUUAUACAUCAUACUGGGGUCAACCUGAUCUUAGAAAUUGCACAGAAAAUGCAGCAGAUAUUGCUAAUCAGCUUCUGAAUCUCACUGGUGAGGGGCAGCAGCUGACCUCAGACAAAGUAAAUGACGUUGUGCAGAAGCUCAAAAAAAUUGUGAAUGAUGAAGAAAUCGAUGAAUCUCUGGGUUCUACCGUGGUGACAAUUUUUUCCAAUAUUCUAGCCAGUUCAGACAGUGUAUUGGCAGCCUCAUCGUCAGAAGCCCUAAAAACUAUUGAUGCCUUGGCUUUAAAGAUCCAUUUUGCUGGACCAUCCAUGAGUAUUUCAACACGAAAUCUCGCACUUGGAGUGUCUUCUAUAAAUUCAACUUCAUUCAAAGGUGGUGCUUUCAGCGUCAGUCCACAGAAUAAUGCAUCUGAUUUCCAGAUAGAUUUUGACAAGGAUCAGACAAGUGCGAUCGCUUCUGUUGUUCUGCCACCAAGUUUACUGAAGAAUUUAAGUCAAGAUGAGUUUGAAGUUAUAUCCAGGGCUCAGUUUACUUUCUUCAAUAAAAAUGGUCUUUUUCAGGAUGCAGAAAAUUCUGCCAAUUUGACCAGUUUCGUGGUAGCAUGCAGUAUUGGAAACUUAACCAUUCAGGAUCUUCAGGAUUAUGUGAAGGUUACAAUCAAGCAUACCAAAAUUCAGGAAGAUCCUAAACCUACCUGUGUCUUCUGGGAUAUGAACAAAAAUGGUGGCAGUGGUGGCUGGAACCCUGCGGGCUGCCAGGUGGAUGCAGAGUCCAAUGAAAAUGAAACUGUGUGCUUAUGCAACCACCUGACACAUUUUGGGGUCCUAAUGGACCUUCAGAGAACCGUGACGCAAAUCGACCCACAGAACACCAAGGUCCUGACCUUUAUCACUUACAUAGGCUGUGGAAUAUCUGCUAUAUUUUCAGCUGCAACUCUUCUGACAUACAUUGCAUUUGAGAAGCUACGAAGAGAUUAUCCAUCCAAAAUCCUGAUGAAUCUGAGCACAGCCCUGCUCUUUCUAAACCUGAUUUUUCUGCUUGAUGGCUGGAUUGCAUCCUUUGACAUUGACGGCCUCUGCAUAGCUGUAGCUGCACUUUUGCACUUUUUUCUUCUGGCCACCUUUACAUGGAUGGGACUGGAAGCUGUUCACAUGUACAUUGCUCUAGUGAAGGUGUUCAACACGUAUAUACGGCGAUACAUACUGAAGUUUUGCAUCAUUGGCUGGGGUUUGCCAGCUCUGGUGAUAGCAAUUGUUUUAGCAAGUGCUAAUACAAAUGCAAGUCAUGUUUAUGGCAAACAGAUAUAUGGCAGAGAUGCAAACGGGCAAGGAGGAGAUGACUUCUGCUGGAUCAAGAACGAAGUUGUCUUUUACGUAACUUGUGCCGGCUACUUUGGAAUCAUGUUUCUAAUGAAUGUUGCCAUGUUUAUUGUGGUGAUGGUGCAAAUCUGCGGGAGGAAUGGGAAAAGAACCAAUCGGAGCCUGAAGGAAGAGAUCCUGAGGAAUCUCCGUAGCGUGGUCAGCCUGACCUUCCUCCUGGGCAUGACAUGGGGCUUUGCCUUUUUUGCCUGGGGUCCCUUAACUCUUGCUUUCCUGUACCUCUUCUCAAUUUUCAAUUCAUUGCAAGGUUUGUUUAUAUUUGUAUUCCAUUGUGCUAUGAAAGAAAAUGUGCAGAAACAGUGGAGGAGACACCUCUGUUGUGGCAGAUUCCGACUGGCAGACAAUUCAGAUUGGAGCAAAACAGCAACCAAUAUUAUAAAGAAGAGUUCCGAUAAUCUUGGGAAAUCCUUAUCCUCUAGUUCCAUCGGCUCCAAUUCAACCUACCUAACAUCCAAAUCAAAAUCCACGACGAAUACAUAUUGCAAACGAAACAGCCAUACAGAGAAUGUUUUUCUUGACAAGCCAUCUUCAAAAUUUGCGCAAGAGGAUGGAGAACAGACAUCAAUCAUCCCUGUCCACCAGGUUAUUGACAAAGUCAAAGGAUACUGCAAUCCUCACUCCGACAACUUCUAUAAAAACAUCAUCAUGUCUGACACAUUUAGUCGCAGCACAAAGUUCUAACUGGGUUUCUGAUUUACUGGUUUUUUUUUAAAUCAAAGGAAUACAAAAAGUUUGCCUGGAAUUGAGAAUAUUGGAUGUCAUAGAAUAUGACCCAGUCAGUUAUUUUUUCCCAGUUUUUAGUGUUUUCCUGCAAACAGCUUCCACUUCUGGACUAAUUUUUUUAAGUUUUUACUGUUGUGGGAAACAACAAUUUUUUUACCAUGGUAUUGAGUUGUUUUUAAAUGUGUGCCAGCCAGCAUGAUGCCUGGACAGAUAAUUGCAAUCCUGUGUAAAUAUCUUCUAAGACUGAAGAGCCACAAGCCUAACUUUAAAUCACAUAAUCCAAACAGAAGUCUUGACUCCUGGAGAAAAUAGCAGACAUGUCAUGCACUAUAGGCAAGCUUUUAUUGAGCAGUUUGCUGAUGAUCUUUUUGUUUUGAAAACUAUGGGUUUUCCCUAUGGCAUGUGUUAGAUUCUUGCUUCUUGAAUGUCUAGUGCUCUUUAUUCAGAAAUGAAUAAAACCCUAGCACCACUUAAAGGGCUAUUUUAAACUAUUUUUGCCUAAGUAGACCUGAUCAUGCAAACCUUAGUCACCAAAACAGCAUAUGCUGUAAUUGCAGACAAAUUUGUAUCCAUAUACAUAGAAAAACAGUUUACACAGAGUUGUGUUUCAGCAUUUAUUGAUUGGUAUGUAUGAAAUGCAGUGUCUUCCAUCUCGAGUCUAUGUUUAAUGUUCUCUUUUCACAAAACAAAAUAACAAAAAGACAUUCAACUAUAUCUAGAUGUAUAAAUAUAUACCUAGAACUCUCUCUACACAUUUUUAUAAUAACACACACAGUAAGUAUGACAAUGUAUACCAGGACAAUCUAAAAACUACAGACGGUGCUAAAACUUAAGUUUAAAUAUUUAAAUGAAAGAUGAAUUCUUUGUAAACCGAUGAGUUUGUCAGUCUCUGUACUUCACAUAUACUGUAUGUAUAGACACCUCCAUCAGAUGGCAUUGCAACAUUAGAAUAACCUGGAACAUGUUUACCAAAAAUAAACAUCUUUCUGGGCACAUAAUGUUAUCAGUAUCCCUCUGUUGCCCUGCUGGAUAACAUGAUUGAGGUUGUUGGAUGCACAGAGUUUAAAUAGUGUUGAGGCAAUAUUAAGGAAUUUCACAUUGCUAUACUGUGUCCAUAAUGACACUGGGGGGGGGGGGGUAUGUGCAGAGAACAGACAAGAGCAUAAAAUGCUUACUUGUUUUACUCUCUAUAAAUGUGUGACAUAUUAGCAAGUGACCUUGCGUGCCAAAAGGGCAUCUCUCCUCAUGAAUCGUGUUUCACCCCAUGACAAGCUUCAUAAAAAUUGUAGCUGCACAUGUUUCUGAAGGCAUGUGCUGAAACAUAAAAGGUUUUUUCAAGCACUGCAUUCAGAGGAGAAUGUCUCCUAAUGGAAGUUUUCAUUUUUUAAAUUAUCCCUUUUUUUAACCAAAAUAUUUUUAGCCACAUAUUUAAUUAUUUGAAUUCAGAGAGCAUAAAGUUGUGCUGAGAUUUUUCCAGUUGCCAAGCAGGUGGAUGCUCAGUGAUUAGGGGUGUGGGUUUGUGCUUUCUCUGCUCUUUGCACGUGCUUUUGUGUGCAGAGAUCAUUUAAUGCUGUGACCGCACAAAUGGCACAUUUGCCCUGGCUGCAAACACCUGGCGGGAGGAGGAUGUCCCGAUGGUAUUCCACCAGGAGCACUGCUGUCACUACACGGACCUGAACGGAACCUCAGUCUCAUAGCUUCAAAUACAUUUGUGGUGUAUGAAUGGAAGUCAGCCCCAUUCGCUCAAACUGUAAUUAAUAACAGCGAUGACUGCUGUCAGAUAUCUUUAAUAAUUGAAAUAAUUUAUGGAGAGAUUAUGUACAAGCAUUUACUGAACUUAUAUUUUAUCUUCCCACUUGCUUAAUUACUGUAGGUAAUAGUGUUCACAUAGCAGCUUACUGUGAGAUUUCUACCUGAUUAACAUGUUCAAAAGUGAAGAGAAGGAAAACCAAACAUUCCUGGAAAAAAAAUGAGGAAUCAAUAAAACAUAACAUAUGAAAAAAAUAUAAAUAAAAAAAACCCCACAGUAUUCUGAAUGAAGCUGAGCUGUAACCUAUCAGUUUAAUGUACAUCUACCUGUAUUUUUGCUGAAUUAAGAUUUUUUUCUCUUUUUUUACUACCAUGUAGUAAUCUUAAACUGUGUUACUUAGCUGCUCUUGAAUGCUCUCAAUUCUACAAUGUAAAGCUUCUGUUCUGUAGUUGACAUGCUGUAACCUCCCUUGUACAUAUUUAUUUAUUUGUGAGGUUAAAUAUGUCAAAUAUACUUAGCACUAUAAUGACUGUUCUUGUUACUUUAAUGCUAAGUUUCUGCUUCAUCAUAGACAAAGAAGGAAAGAAUAAUUUCUUAUAUGUCUUUUCUAAAUAACUUGUGAAACAAUUUACUGUAGCUCUAUCUUUUGCAACUUUGAGGAAACUUGUCAGUGUAAUUUGUGAUACUAGUCAGUGAAAUAUAAUGUAACAGGUUUGAAGAUGGACUAAAAUGGAAAGAAACCUUUUCAAGUAAACAUUUUUUAUGUUAGUGUUCCAAAUAAUUAAAGUCUUUUAAUAGUGAAUGGUUGACUUUUAUUUUUCCUUUUUUGUGUUUAAUGGCAAAAAUUACACAGUGAAAUUCUGGAAAAUAAUCUUGUGUUUUUUUAAGUACUUGAUACAGGUACACGCCUAGCCAAAAUGUUGGAAAUAAAUGUGCAAGACAAAAUUAAUCUCAUCAGGGGAACACAUUUUGCACAAUAUACCUUUCCCUUUUCUAAUUUACUCAAUGCCACAUUGAGUGAAUGACGCGGAAGUUAUGCAAUCUCCUUUAUUUACAAUGGCAGUCAUGUAAUAGAAAUUAAAAUAAAAUCAUGACAACAGAAAAUAUGCUGGGAUGAUACUUUAAAGUAAUACAAAUGAAUAAUCUAAAACUCAGGAGUUAUUCCUUUCUAUAUGUUUCUCUCCAGCUGAAUGUGGUCCCUCAUUAUCAAUAAUUUCAUUCAACUUAAAAGACUUUGAUCAUAGCUGAAAAUUUUGAUUCAGCCAAUCACUUGGUUAAUACACACUAAUGUAUAAGCAAUAAAUGUCACACAUUAA